CUGCAUUACGAGAAAUCAGCUGUUUGCGUGUUAUAACGAAGAGGCAGCCAAAAUGUUGCGCCAACUAAUCCGAAACUUUGAAUGCGCCCUAAGAUUGCAAGCUACAAGGGCCAGAACACCAAUCCGUCAAUCCUCCCUCUUCAGCCAUGUGGAGACAAGGCCCACAAAGUCGCUGCUAACAGCUACAGCAUCCACAACUACCACAGCGAAUCCCGGUGAAGUUGACCAUGAGUAUGUGCCCUAUUGCGGAGACAACGAAAGGGGCACCAAGGCAAGUGCACUGAUUGCAGAACUGAGGCAACGCUUUCGCGUUACCGAGAGUGAUGUGCAACGUAUAAUGAGCGAUGAGCAUGUGCAUCGGCAUUACCGCGGCCGUUCUCUGACCCAUACAUUGGACGCUCUGCAACUGGUGGGUGUGACAAAGAAGAGUUUUGUCGAAUAUCCUUGGCUUAUGACACUAGAUAGCACACGUCUUAAACCUAAGCUGGAUUUAAUUGAAACCAUGGACAUCAAGGACAUAAAUCAUUUUGUGCCCUUCUUACGACUCACAGUGCCACGCCUACGCAAGUUAGUCAGUGCCCUAAACGCUGAAAGUGCAGCAACAAACCAACCAAAUCGUGUAUACUAUAUCAGUGAAAAGCUUCAAGUUAGUCCAGAGAUUGUCACCAAAUAUUUGUCAAAACGUUUGUUCAUUCUUGAAAUGCCUUUCGAAAUGUUUGAGAAAAAUCUCCAACACAUGGUCGACUACAAUGUGUCACCCAUUAAUAUCUUAAAAGAUCUUUGGGCAUUUCGCUAUACUCCGAAAUCGGUGCAAUUGCGCCUGGAGAGAGCUAAACGUGCCAAGAAGGAUAAAAUUAUGCCAUGGAUGGUGCGUUGUCCAGAGCCCAUACUCCAGCGUUCUCUGAAACUCACUCUCGACGAACUACAAGUUCUGGGUGAAUUCUCAUCUGUGGUAGAGUAUUUGUCGCAUCGAUUGGGCUUUAGUGUCACCGAGACGAAAGCAAUUAUGGAUAAACAUCCGCAGGUUCAUACAGUGCGGGUCACAAAGAUCAAAGAAGUCUUGGACUAUCUGCUAAAUGAAGUCAACUUUACGCGUUUUGAAGUUGCUCAAGUUCCUAGAAUACUAUGCCAUAGCUUGAAAACCACUCGGGCUCGCUUCGAAGAACUGAAAUCCCAUGGCUGUCGUCCCUCUACUCUUGUCAUCCUUUGCCGAAGUCGUCGUGAAUAUGAUAAAUUUUUGCAACAAUGGACAAGUAGUAAGAAACCCUCACACGAUCAUCAGGAAUUAAGUAGUUAAAAAGGAAGCAAGACUGAACUUUUGCGGGUAUUUUUUGUUAGUUUAAGUUCAAAAUUUGCUUUGUUUUACAAAAAAA